AAGUCUCCUCAAACUGCGCCCCAUCUUUCACGUCUUUCUUCUCCAGUCUCUGUACUUUCAAGAAACGACUAAUUCACGACCCGUGUAAUGGCCGUUGUUGGCGUUGAUUUUGGCUCCUUGCACAGUAAGAUUGGUGUUGCGCGAAACCGCGGCAUCGACAUUAUCACGAAUGAAGUCUCCAACCGUGCUACUCCGUCGCUCGUCGGUUUCGGGCCGAAGCUAAGAGCAAUCGGUGAAGCCGCAAAGACGCAAGAGACGUCCAACUUCAAGAACACGAUCGGCUCGCUGAAGAGACUCAUCGGCCGAACUCUGAAUGAUCCUGAGAUACAGGAGGUCGAGAAAAAGUUCCUGAACGCGCAGUUGGUGGACGUACAGAGGAGCGUGGGUGUGAAGGUUCGGUACCAAAAUGAGGAGCACGAGUUCUCCGCCACGCAGUUGACUGCGAUGUACUUUGGAAAGCUCCGGGAUAUCGCCGCGAACGAGCUAAAGACUGGCGUCAGCGAUAUUGUAAUCGCGGUGCCCGGCUGGUAUACCGAAGUGCAAAGACGCGCGAUCCUUGAUGCCGCAGCAAUUGCGAACCUAAACUGCUUGCGAGUAGUCAACGACUCAACCGCCGUCGCCCUCGGGUACGGUAUCACGAAGUCUGACCUGCCGGAGCCUGAGAACCCCCGUCACGUCGUGUUCGUCGACGUCGGCCACUCGAACAUGACUGUCUCUGUCGUUGCCUUCUCCAAGGGCCAGCUCCAGGUCAAGGCAACCGCGUACGACCGACACCUUGGCGGUCGGGACAUCGACUAUGCCCUGGUGCAGCACUUCGCGGAGGAGUUCAAGGAGAAGUACAAGAUCGAUGUCAUGUCGAGUCCCAAGGCUGUGUUCCGUCUGGCCGCCGGAUGCGAGCGUCUCAAGAAGAUUCUCUCCGCGAACCCCGAGUCGAACCUGUCCGUCGAGUCGAUCAUGAACGAUAUCGACGCAUCCUCAAAGCUCACCCGCGAGCAGUACGAGCAGCUGAUCGCGCACGUCCUCGACCGCAUCCCCGGCGUGGUCGAGCGCGCGCUCGCAGACGCCAAGGUGCCCCUGGACCAGAUCGACUCGGUUGAGCUCGUCGGUGGGUCGACGCGUGUGCCCGCGGUGCGCGCGAAGAUCCAGAGUGCAUUCCCCGGGAAGACGCUCAAGACGACGCUGAACCAGGACGAGGCGUGCGCGCGCGGCGCCACCUUCACCUGUGCGAUGCUCUCGCCCGUUUUCCGCGUUCGGGAGUUCACAAUGCACGACAUCGCGCCGUACUCGAUCAAAGUACAGUGGGAGAAGCUGCCUGAGGAUACUGACGAGGAUACGGAGCUCGUUGUGUUCCCGAAGGGCAACGUCGUGCCGUCCACGAAGGUACUCACCUACUACCGCAAAUCCGCGUUCGACCUCGAGGUAGCGUACGCAGACCUGUCAGAGCUGCCUGGUGGCGUGACCCCUUGGAUCUCGAAAUUCUCGGCCAAGAGUGUGACGCCGGACGCGAAGGGCGAUUUGGCGUGCGUCAAGCUGAAGAUCCGGUUGAACACGCACGGUAUCGUCAGCUUUGAGCAGGCGUACAUCGAGGAGACGGUUGAGCAGGAGGAGGCCCCUAUGGAAGUCGACGGUGAGACUCAGCAAGCGCAGCCGAAGAAACGGAAAGUGGUCAAGAAGGACCUGCCGUUCGUUGUUUCCAACACUGCGCUAGACAAGAGCGUCUUAGAGAAGUGGAGGGAGCAGGAGGCUCAGAUGCAUGCCGCCGACAAGCUUGUCAUGGAUACAGAGGACGCCAAGAACGCCCUGGAAGAGUAUGUCUACGACAUGCGAGGCAAGCUCGACGAGCGCUAUGCUGCCUACACCCAGCCGCAAGAGAAGGAUCAGCUCCUCAAGAAGUUGCAAGAGUCCGAGGAUUGGCUGUACUCAGAAGAGGGCGAGGACGCAACGAAGUCGGCGUACGUUGGACGCCUCGACGACGCCAAGAAAAUUGGCAACCCCAUCGUCUUCCGUUGGCGAGAGACCGAGGAGCGUGGACGGGUCGUCAGCCAGCUGCGCGAGACGAUAAACACCUACAUGGGCUAUGCCACUUCUGGAGACGAGCGGUACGCGCACAUCGAAGAGAAGGACAAGCAGUCCAUCGUUGAGAAGUGCGCGACGAUCCAGAAGUGGCUGGAGGACCAGAUUGCACGGCAGUCCGAACGGCCCAAAAACGUCGACCCCGUGCUCAAGUCGGAGGAGGUCCUCAAGAAACGCGAGGAGAUCAUCUACUUCGCUACUCCCAUCCUCACCAAGCCCAAGCCUAAGCCUCAACCUGCGCCUGGCACCGAGACACCCAAGCAGGAGCAACCGCCUCAGCCUGAGAACAAGGAGGAGGCGAAGCCGGCCGAGGGCGGCGAGCAGCCCAAGGGACCGUCUGAAAUGGAUGUAGACUAAAGGACUAUUUUCUCUCCUAAUGCUUUCGUCGGGCGGGUGUGAUAGAAUACGAGAAGUAGAAACAACAUACACUAUAGUUUUGUCUCUUGCAAUUGUACAUACGCAGUUGUAAUUCCAGUAGGAAAACGGCUAAGAAACGAUGAAACGCUGUGAAACAAGGCCGCAUGCCGACCGGCAGGCC